AACGUAGCUUGAGGUAUUGCUAGAGUGGACUAGCGUGAGAGAGCAGGCAACGCCAUUUUCUCAAUUCGCGGGUGAAGUCAGUGUGCGAGUGCGUGCAUCAUUUCGCGACGGAUUUUCGGGUUUUGUGCUGUACGACAACGAUAUUAAGGGCUGUCGAUCGGUCGUGGCGCGUUGACCAGUGUUAUGCUUAAACACGCGGCCAGUUGUACGAUGGAUAUAGCGAGUUUCGAGAGAUCGAAGCGCUCCCGGGAGACGUGACGUCUUGUCAGUCGGCCUUUUCCCAUUUCCCCUUCUUGGUGAGCUCCCGCAGGGAUGGGUCGUGCAGAGUUAUCGUUCAUGAUAACGUAACAGAGACUAAAACGAGUGUAAUCUCCGGCCGCAACGAAAAUUCUCACCGAUCACGAUUUCGCGUGUAAUUAAAACUGUUCGUGGAAAAAAACCGGGACCCGUAGAAUGAUUCGUUCGGGCCAAUGGGCGGAGGUUUAGGGCGGCACAUGGCUGUUGGGGCGCCGGCUGUGCAGGGGGUGGUUUUCCCGACGCUAGCUCGAACUGACGAAAAUUCAUCAAUCUCUCUGUCCAGUCAUCCUAUUAUACUCUGUGCGUACGUGUCUCUCGAUCGGGAUCGUUUGUGAUCGUGGCCGGUCACGGUUCGAAUAACAAGUUCACAGUGACAGUGGAAAGAGAAGUACUCCGUUAUAUGUCUCGAUUUUCUUGCCGAAGAGGAGGAGCUGGCAAAGCUUUUCGCCUAUCGCGGAUUACGCGUGUAUACCGUGUGCCGCUGACAAUCUUUAUUCCGUGCACGUAAAGAUCCGACUAAAGGACAACAGGGACGAUUUCUGGACAAAUAACCGGCGAUCAUUGCGCUACCGAACUCCCAGAGACAACGUAACGGAUCUGAAGAAAGCGGUGUUCCUUUAACUAAAAACAUAAGAUGCCGCUUCCAAAGCGACUGGUGGAACCGGUGCUGGUCGCACGCGGUACCAUCCCCGAGGAUUUUCCUUUACCCUCGGAAUUAGAAGCUGUUACGAACGGCACUUUGGCUAAUACCAUUAGGCAACUAUCUAGUUUGUCCAGGCAUGCCGAGGAUCUGUUCGGCGAACUUGCAAGGGAGGCACAUGGAUUGAGCGACAGGGCCAAUUCCUUGCAGGCUAGGAUAGAUCGACUGGCUGUGAAGGUCACUCAGCUGGACAGCAGUGUCGAAGGAGUCUCGCUGCAAGAUAUCCAUAUGAGGAAGGCGUUCAAGAGUUCGGUGGUAUUCGACCAGCAGGUUGUCUCCAGGGAUACCAUGCCAACAGCAAUGUUGGAGACCUACCAUCAAUGCGAUACACCACCCCCUCUUGAUAAACUUAACGUUUACAGGGAGGACGGUAAAGAUGGACUAAAAUUCUACACAGAUCCGAAUUACUUCUUCGACCUAUGGAGUCAAGAAAUGCUCAAAGACACCGAGAAGAAGUUACACGAUCGAGGGAAGAAGACCGAGUCUGAAUAUGCCGAACCGUUCAGAGAGCCGCAUAGGCCACGGAACGAGGGUGGCGGAGGAGGCGGUGGCAGACACAAGAAGCGUAUAAGGCAACCGCACAACACGAGAGAAAGGCAAAGACAGUUGGCCGUUGGCCAUGGAGAGUACAUUAUGCCAACGCAGGGUGUCCAAUACAGGGCGCCUCACAAUAUACCGGACGAAUCAUUGCUGGGUAUGGUGAUGACCGAACCACGUCCACCCAGGCCAAACAGCAUCGAACUUAGACGAAGUUAUCCACCGGAGGAACAGCAUCUUUAUAGCCCUCCUUCCUCUGAUCACUACAGUAGGGCAGCGAAUUACGCGGUUCAGGGAUACGAGGACAGUCUGUAUGGAUCGCAUUACGGGCCGGGUCAAGGACAAGCGGGAAGCGAGACCUACCAGAGUCCCGGUGGUCAGAGCACUCCGAGUAGGGGCGGCAGAUCGCGACCCUCGCAACCACCGCCAGCUCCUCCGAGCAACGCUUCUAGCAAUUCAACUCCUACCGUCGCAUCCGCCAACAACACUCCGACACGAGGAAGAUCGAUGAGCACCGGCCGAGACACCCUUCCACCACCGCCUCCACCUCCUGGUGAAACUAUGUCUCCUCCUCCUAUGAACGGUUCUAUACCGUCGCAUUUGUUGAACAGAAGCGGAAGUCGUCCGAAUAGUCCAUUACCGAGUCAUCACUCCACGCCUACUCCACCAAAUCACUCGACACAGAUCGGAACCGAUGAAACUGAUCCUGCUGCUCCUCAAGAUUUGCCACCUCCACCUCCAACCCCAGAUCCCACACCACCAAGACCCAUUUCACCGCCUUGUAAUAUUCCACCUCCUCCUCCACCACCUCCACCACCACCUGUGGCUAAUGGACCAUCGCCCCUUGUACCGUUAACCAACGGCGACAUUGCCAAAAUGAUAGCGACCAAUCCGCCCAAGCUGAAACCCUUGAAGCCAUUGAAGAAUAUGGACGGGCAAUUGAGGAAGCCCGUUAAUCCGAACAUCCCCCUCGUCGAUCCGCGAAACGAUCUACUUAAAGCGAUCAGAGACGGGAUAAAAUUGCGUAAAGUGGAGAAGAUCGAACAGAAGGAAGUGGAACGCGUGAACGCAUUGAACGACGUCGCAUCUAUACUUGCUCGACGCGUCGCCGUUGAGUUUAGUGACAGUGAUUCAGCAUCGGAAAGCGAGUGCGACAGCGAAGGAUGGGGCGAACAGGAAACGAAUCUCGCGUGACCCAAUUCCCUUCCAUCCACCGCCACUGCCUCCUAGAGAAAUGGCUGACGAUUCUGUCGUUUCGUUAAUUCCCAACGAAACCUUCCACCUCUGUUACUCGUCGCACAAUGUUACACGCUUUGCACGAAACUGUUCAAUAGAAUUGUGUUUCAAAUCCUGAGGCAUGCGUUCAAAGAAAAGGGCAUCGAACGUGGAAACGAACAAGGAAUCAAGGAAUUUCGUUGUUCCAUUAUUUAUGUUAAUAUUUAUGUUGAUACACGGAAGUCUGUGUUAAUACAGAACGCGUUAUCGAUAAGUAGUACCAUUAAAGAUACAAAUGUAAUAUUUUAACGAUGAUUAUUAUUUUAUUACGCAUCAUUUAAUCGCCUUUCACAGGGUUAUUUUCAUUUUUGUUAAGAUACAAAGUAUAUUUAAGAAUUUUCUUUUUGUUUUCUCUCUUUGUUUUUCUUUUGUACAAAUUAAACGAAGAAUUUCUAUUAAGAUUUUUAUCACAGGCUCAAUUCGAUAGCGUGUAUUUAAUUGAAGAGUAUGAUAAUAAUAAUUAGCGUUUCAUAAGACGAUUCUAAGAAUCGUCAGCCAGAUGUAUUUUUAUUUAUUGAGGUUCUUGCGAUCCGAUUGAGAAUGGUAGGCUGAAAUAUAGGAAGGGGAUCCUUAUAAAAAAAAUUUAUUCAACUCUAGAAUCUUUUUUAAAGAACAUGCGUACUCUUUUCUUUUUAUAUAAGGGAGACACUUCCAAAUUAUUUCAUUGUUAGAAAUGAAAUAAUGAAAGUUUACGGUAUAUAUUUAAUUACAUUUAUCUUUCUUCGAAUCUCCGAUCUUGAAAUAAAUUUCAACGAAGGUAAAGAGAAACGUAAAGUGAUAAUAAAUACAAUGAUAAGAAAAAGGUACGCACAGUUAGGCGUCGAUUAUCUGUCGUCUGCUCGAUGUCGAUUGUAGGGGAAAGCAUUUCCUUCUCGACACAUUCCAUGAUAAUACUAAUACUAAUACCCUGUAAUAAAACAAACUAACUUUCUGUUUUUUGGACACUCGAUCGUCCACGUUACGAGGAUGUAAUAUGUAAUACGUCUGUUUAGGUAAAGAAACAUGCGAGUGCUCUGUGUAUAUACACACGCAUAUUAUGGACGUGAAAUUAAAAAUGAAAGGAAACCAAACUGCAGAGUUAAUAUUUUUCUGUUCUCCUUCUCGCGCUGUAUAAGUCUGUAAAAAUACCUGUACCUUUGAAUGUUUUUGUAAUGCUCGACGAAUAGCAUGUGUUUGCGUUCAGUCACGACGACACGAGUUUUCCAAAUCCAUUUUCUACGUUUCCAAAUGAUCUUCCCGUGUCGACAAGGAGGGACAUCGCGAUGAACCGAAGUUCGUUUUCUUGGCUAGGCGUUCAUUACCAAAAUACUCCAUUACUUGUAAGGACGAUGUGUAUAAUUACCGAAACGAGUGAGAGGAUUCAUAUUUUUUAGCAUUUAGAGGGAGAAAACUAUCUAGCGAGAUAAUUACUAACUGUUGCAAUGAGGAUUAAGGUUGCCAAUGUUAAGCGUAACAGAAAAUGAUUGUGAUUUAUUUUGCAUCGAUGUUGGUGAAAUACGAUGAUCACUAUUGAUAAAAUAUGUAUAGCAUAUACGUAUACAUGUAGAGUAUUACGUGUAUAAUUGAUGGUACAAGCGAAAUAAUGAAUCAGUUUAAUUUUAAUUAGUGUAGUACAUGGCAAUAUGGAUUAUUGGAUGUAUCAAGGAUUAAUUUCUUAUUUUAAUCCUUCUUUUUCUAAUCUCUUAUUAUUAUUAUUGAAAUUUUUAUAGUAUACAGAACUCUUGUUUUCUUUGUUUUUUAAUAAUUUAUUUUUAAUUCACUGAUAAAAGAAUUAUUUAAUUGAUUAUUGAAAAUGCUAUAUUUUAUAUUUUCACUUACAACCCUUGUACCAUCAACUAUACAAUACUCCAUAUAUAUGCGUAUACAUGAACUUUAUAUAUACAUAUAUAUAUAUAUAUUGCUCGUUAAGAUUAUUGUAUAAUCUUGCGUGUUAAUUGCGACAUUAAAAAUGUUCAGAAAAAUCUGUUUCUUACUGCAUUCUUUUCUGAACAUUAGCUAGGACCUUUCCAAUAACGAGUACAUAAACUUUUUAUCGGAUGGUCCAUUGAAUUAGCCUUUUCUUUUUCUUUUAUCGAAUAACGUUCGAUUGAUUCGAACAGCGCGAAAAGAAGAAAGAAAUAAUUUAUAUUUAAAAUAAUUUUCGCUGUUCGUCGCGAAGCAGCGUUUUAUCCUUGUAUAAAAAAAAAAGAAGAAAUUAUGAAUUAAGAAGAGGAGGGGUGAGGCUGGAUCGCUUCAGUUUGUAGCUAAUACGGAUUCAUCAGCAACGACACGUGUACAUUCACAUGAUUUUAAAGAUUAUAUAGUCAGAUACGGUAAUUAUAUAAUGUAAUAUGUAACGAAACAAUUGAUCAGUCUCUCGUCUGUACUAUGUUUAUACAUAUAUACAUAAUAUAAAUAUGGAUAAUAUAAUUCGCAAGGUAUAAAACUCGUUAGAUGGUAAGACGACUAGAUUUAGGGGUAAAAUAUACAUUCUAGAUAACUUCGCCAACUACGACACAGUAUUUAUGGAGAAUUUUGUAAAACGACACGAAACGACGAGAUGAAAGAAAAAUGAAAUCGUUUCGUUCGUAUGCUUGAAUAUCGUGCAACUUUGUAUGAAUGUAUAUUAUUAUUAUUAUCGUCGACCGUGCUUUGCAAAACGAUGUAAAGCUGUUGUACCUAAACACGGUUAUUCCAAAGCUUAAUUAAGGAACUGUUUUACGUCUCCGCUAGGAUAUGUGAAAGGAGAGACCGGGAUUUUUUUGUUUUUUUAUUAUUAUUAUUAUUAUUAUUAUUACGAACCUCAUACUCGCUCACCGAUCUUUGAAUUUUCUAAACGCAGGUGAAAAUUAAUUGUAAGCCGUUCGGCUGUCGAUAAACUAUAGAUAACGAAUUUCCAUUAACGAUAAAUAAGAAGCAAACAGUACGUACUUCGAGUUAAUUGCAAUAAAAGAGCGAUAUCAUUCGUGUACGAUAAAACCGAGACGUGAGAAGAAGAAAGGAAAAAAGAAAAGACGCAAGCGUAAUACCCAUACGAUGAUUACAAAUGUACGACGGUAUUAUUAACGAUAAUAAAUUUGUAGCAAAUCUGUACAGAGUCAAAUAAAUCAAAAACUUUCAUAAAUCAUCGAA